AUGCCCAGGGGACAGAAGAGUAAGGCCCGGGCUCGUGAGAAACGCCAUCAGACCAAAACUGAGUCCCGGGAGCUUGAGGGUACUCAGACCAUGGCACCAGAGAAAAAAGAAUCAUCCUCUUCCUCUGCUCAGGCCUCUUUAGAUGCUGUGCCAAGUACUUCUUCUGAAACCCUUGCCAAGUUGUUUCAAGGAAUGCCUUGCACCACAACUUUCAGUAUUUGCAUUGCCUGCAAAAGGACUGAUACAAGUGCCAAGAGCCGACGGAAGAAAAAUGUGAGUUCCUUUACUGCCCAGCAAUCUAAGAAGAGCCCACAGGAAGAUCUUCUAACAAGGAAGACUGGGAUGCUCAUGGAGUACAUGCUCAGCAAGUACAAACAGAAAAAGCCCCUGUUGAGGGAAGAAAUGUUGAAUGUUGUUACCAAAAGUUUUAAGGAUCAGUUCCCUGAGAUCCUUAAGAAAGCUUCCAAUCGCAUGGAUCUGGUUUUUGGCCUUGAGUUGAAAGAAAUCCAAUCCACAGAUCGAUCCUACAUUCUUGUCAGUAAGCUAGAUUUCCAGGAUGAUGGAAGUGAGAGUAAUGAGAUGGGUGUUCCCAAUAGGGGCAUUCUGAUCCCUCUCCUAAGUGUGAUCUACUUAAAUGGUUACUGUGCCCCAGAGAAGGAGGUCUGGAAGUUCCUGAAUAUGUUAGGAGUCUAUGAUGAGGUCCCACACCUCAUCUUUGGGAAUGUCAGGAAGCUCAUCACUGAAGAUCUAGUGCAGGAAAUGUACCUAGAAUACCGUCAGGUUCCUGAUGGUGAUUCCCCCACCUAUGAGUUCCUAUGGGGUCCAAAAGCCUAUGAUGAAAGGAGCCAGGUAAAAGUGAUGGAGUUUUUGGCCCACAUCAAUGAAACUGGCUCCUCUACCUACCCAUUCAACCAUGAAGAAUCUUUGAAGGAAAAAGAUAGAGCCCAAGCUGAAGGAGCAGCCCAGGGAAGCACUAAAUCCAAGGCCAAGAGACGUUCUAAAGCCAAGUCCAGCCUCCCUACACCUGCUGUUGAAAUCUAA